AUGUCACGGCUGGGACAGCUCCCGGUGGACCGAGGAAGAGAUGGAGAUGGCCAAGCGCCGGACUUCGGGAGUACGGCACGGACUGGCCCGCCGUGGCGUCGGUCGUCAGAGCAAGUCCAAGGAGUCAGUUGCCGGAACUUCUACUUCAACUACAAACGAAAGCUGGGGCUCGACGAGAUUGUGCGGACGUUCCGCGAGGCUCGAGGCGGUAAGGAGGACGGCAAGCGGCAAGUGACAGACGAUGAAGACACUGGCGAGACAACUACGAGCUGUGAGGAGGACAACGGUGCAGACCACUGUAGUAGCGACACGGCAAGUGCCUGUAGUCCAUCAGGCAAGCAGAUGGAAGAAGGUGAGACUGCUCUUGGCUCUCAUUUACCAUCUUUCACUUUUUAGGGGGAAGGAAAUGGCACUGUUGCUUACAUCACACUUGUCUUGGAGCUGAAUAAUUCUGUAUACAGUGUAGCCUCGUUACUAUGAACACCACAUUAACGAAAUUCAGAAAUUCUCUGCUGACUGCUCAUAGUGUCAAUGUAAAUAUAUUUCAGUACUGCGAACUUCAGAAUAACAAUCGUUAUUCAGUUUCUGUAUCAUGCUCUGCCCAGACAAGUGUCACCUAGCAAUGGAGGCGUCUCUUCCUUCUAUCGUGCUUCUUUCUGCGGCUGUACUAGCUACGUGCACGGAGAAAUGUUCGCUGCCUCUCGUAUCACACCACGUCACAAGGCGGAAUGAUGGGUUGGAAUGUUAGAAGGUAGCGCUAUUGACCCUUUUCGCGGGAGCAGUUUGCUCUAGAG